AAAUAUUCCUUUCCGUGAGUAAUGAAAACCCCUCUUUCCACCAAAUCCCUCCAAUUUCACUCACAAAUACAAAGAUGCAGCGGAUGAGCAUAACAGCUUCAAAACGACGUCGUUUCCUGCAUAAGAAUCUCCAGUUAUUCAUCAAUCCAUUCAAACGAACUUCUUCCACAACCUCUGCUCUUUCCAACAGUAACACAAUCACCCCCUCACUCUCUGAUCAUUCCCCAAUAUUGGUAGAAGGCAAUGCGUGUUCAAGAACUGUUAUCCUUAAUAGACCUAAUCACCUCAAUGCCCUCAAUACUUCCAUGGGACACACGUUGCAGAAACUAUAUAAAAGCUGGGAAGCAACCCCUGAUAUAGGGUUUGUGGUAAUGAAGGGAAGUGGCAGGGCUUUUUGUGCUGGUGGGGAUAUUGUUUCCCUCUAUGAAAUGGUUAAAAAAGGAAAUAUUGGAGGAUGCAAGGAAUUCUUUUGGACUCUGUAUAAUUUUAUGUACCUUAUAGGUACAUAUUUAAAGCCUAAUGUGGCUAUCUUGAAUGGGAUUACCAUGGGUGGAGGGGCUGGAGUGUCUAUUCCUGGAACAUUCAGGGUUGCAACUGAUGAAACUGCUUUUGCUACACCUGAAACAUUAAUUGGUUUUCAUCCUGAUGCUGGAGCUUCCUUUCACCUUUCACAUCUUCCCGGUCAUUUAGGGGAGUAUUUGGCUCUAACAGGUGACAUUCUUAAUGGAGCCGAAAUGAUUGCAUGUGGACUUGCUACACACUAUUCACCCAGUGCGAAUCUACCGGCAAUUGAAGAAUGUCUCAGGAAUUUGAGAACCGAAGAUCCUUCCAUCAUUGAGACAUCUCUUCAAAAUUACAGUGAUAUUGAUUAUCCUGAUAACAGCAGUAUUAUCCGGAGGAUUGAAACAGUUGACAAAUGUUUCGGUCAUGAUACGGUUGAGGAAAUCGUUGAUGCCCUGGAAACUGAAGCUGCCAGAACUCAUGAUAGGUGGUGCAAUUCCACCUUGAAGAAACUAAAAUAUGCCUCACCGUUGAGCUUGAAGGUUGCUUUGAGAUCGAUACAACAAGGCCGGUUACAGACUUUUGAUCAGUGCCUAAUUCGUGAAUACCGAAUGUCAUUGCAAGCAGUUUCUGGGCAGAUAUCAACUGAUUUCUCUGAGGGUGUUCGGGCACGUUUGAUGGAUAAAGAUUUUGCACCAAAGUGGACCCCACCGCGCUUAGAGCAAGUAUCCCAAGACAUGGUGGAUCAGUACUUCUCUCCAGUCGAUGCACUUGAACCGGAACUAGAUCUACCUACAAAGCAGCGAGAGGCGUAUACACAAGCAAAUAUGUAAAUUGAUUAUAGGAAGCAUCUUACAUUAUUUAGCCUCUGUUUGAGAAAUUCCUUAGGGUUGCUUGGAAAAUCAUGUAAUUAUGAACAUCACCUGAUUUUGGGCGAUCAUCUAUUCAUCAAUGUACAUCACCAGGCUUGCUUAUAUAACAUUAUUGUACUUUAACCAAGUUCAAAUCGGUUCUGCACCA